UUUCUGCUGCGCUCUUCUCCGUCAACACAAUAUUUUACUGUCCUGUCUUCGAGGUGGAACUGUUUGAGAUGGGGAUUUGGUCUCUGGGUCUGGGGGCCUUAGGAGCAGCCAUCGCAGGGAUCUUCCUGGCUAAUACUGACCUGUGUCUGACCAAGGCUGCUCAGGCCUCCCUGGAAUACCUGGAGGACGCAGACCUUCACUCCACUGGAGACGAUGAGAAGACCAUGAAGGCCAAAACUCUGUGGGAGAAGACCGGAGCAGUCGUCAUGGCUGUACGACGGCCCGGAUGAUUUUUGUGCAGAGAGGAGGCCUCUGAGCUGUCCUCUCUGAAAACCCAGCUUGAGGUUCUUGGUGUCCCUCUGGUUGCCGUGGUGAAGGAGAACAUCGGCACGGAGAUCCAGGACUUCCGACCAUACUUUGCUGGGGACAUCUAUGUAGACGUGAAGCAUCACUUCUAUGGCCCACUACAGAGGAAGAUGGGAGGGCUGGGAUUCAUCCGUCGGGGGGUGUGGCAGAACUUCAUGCGGGCCUGGAAGGCCGGUUACCAGGGCAACAUGCUGGGGGAGGGCUUUGUCCUGGGAGGUGUGUUUGUCAUCGGAGCGGGGAAUCAGGGUAUUCUUUUGGAGCACAGGGAGAAGGAGUUUGGCAACAAAGUGGAGAAUGAAGAUGUUUUAGAGGCUGUGAAUAGAAUUGUGCCAGUGCAAUAGAUUUGAGUUUUUGUAAGUAGCAUUAGUUCAACACUGAUAAAGAGGCCUCAGAC